AUGGAUCACGAGCCAAUAUGGAUCCCAGUGCUAGCUCGAGUCUCGUCUCACGUUGUGAGACUGGAGCGCGAGUUCCAUAUGCUCAGAUCUAUUGUGCAGACUUCCGAUCCAGACUGCAACCAUACUAUACGUCCCAUAGACCUUAUACGUUUGCCCUCCGACCCGGGUGAUGCAGGCCCUCUCCUCGUGGCUAUCUUUGAAUCUCCCGGCCAGAAUAUGCUGCGAGAAAUGGUCGCCUUUGGCCCUGCCUGGUUCGCGGCCGGUGGUAGGACUGACAGCAAUGAGCCGACCCCGGGAGAACAAGUUUCUCUUGCCACUUUUCUCGAUUUUGCGAUUGGGGCAUGCGAUUGCUUGGAACUUCUACACUACGGCCUCAAAACGGUCCAUGGCGAAAUCCGCGGGGAUGCCUUCCAUUUCAAUCGAGAGGCAGGGUCUGUGAAGCUUACCAACACGGGGAAUGGUGCUAGGUCUUUUGAUAAUAUUCUGAGCGAAGGCUGGUCAUCCCUCUCAAAAGAGCUUGGUGUCAAGAAUAAACUACAAUUCAUCGCUCCGGAACAAACAGGAAGAAUGCCUACGGAGCCGGAUAGUCGAACUGACAUUUAUGCCUUGGGCGUGCUUUUCUGGACGAUGUUGGUUGGUAAACCAGCCUUCACGGGCAGCGACCCUGUUGAAGUCGUGCAGAACGUACUAGGAAAGAAGCUACCACCGCUCUCAGCCAAGAGAAUGGAUAUUCCCGACGCAGUGUCAGCUGUAAUCCAGAAAAUGACACAGAAGGCUGUCAAUGAACGCUACCACACAAUCUCAUCUGUCAAGCGGGAUCUGGCACAGAUCUCCCAGUUGCUCGGGGAUGGCGAUAGUGAAGCAUUGAAAGAUUUCCAGAUCGCCCAGCGUGAUGUGUCGUCCUUUUUCACGCUUCCCUCUCGGAUGUUUGGGCGGCGAGAGGAAUAUGAAAAGAUCACUAACGUCGUCGAGAAGGUCCAUAGGCGCCAACAAGCUGCGUAUGCGAGAGCAGCCGCUCAGACCUCUAGUGGAGUAGGAUCCAACUCCUCGGUCUCGGACGGCCGGGUUGAUAGCUUUGAGAUUGCAUCUGGCUCGAGCGACUCAGGCUCCUUCAAUCUUGCGUCCAGGGCAGCUUCCAACGGUGGCCCUUCCAACUUAGGACGCGUAUCUACUCACGAAUCUCUGCACAGUACGGAUUCUUCUCCCUCAACUCCUAAACCCGGUGACUCAUCAGGUAAACCCAAGAGUCCUGUGGAGUCUCGCGCAUCCUGGGAGAAUGUAGACAGAGAUGGCCAUCCUUCUGCUGGAACAAGCACGCAGAGCCAUGGUGAUUCGAUCGGAUCUGUUGCCAGGCCGAAGGCUGCACACAAGGUUCGUCGCGCAGGAAAAUGCGAAGUAAUUACCAUAAGCGGUGCAGCUGGCAUUGGAAAGACAGACCUUUUGAACCGUGUUCAGCCCGCAAUUCGUAAACUUGGAUAUAUCGGUAUAGCCCGUCUGGAUCGCGCCAGGCGGAUACCGUUUGAACCUUUCGCCAAAAUUCUGGCUAGCCUUCUCCGCCAGAUCUUCUCUGAACGUGAUGUCACAACUGAGUACCACAAUAACAUCCGCACUGCGUUGAGACCAAUGUGGCCGACAUUACACCGUGUGCUGGAACUCCCGGAGCAGCUCAUGUCUUCCGGAGGAAAUGAACGACAAAUUUCCCCCAGACUCUCAGCAGCGCAACAUAUCUUCAAGGAAGUUUCGACCAAGGGCGAACCAUCCAAGCGCGUUGCACUUCCAAGUCUGGAUCAUGGUCAAAGCUCUGUGGACUUCUUUCUAUCCAAUGCUGCACUGAAGAACAUGCGUUUGAUGGAGACAUUUUUGGAGAUCCUGCGGACGCUAUCCCAGUACAGGUUGAUAUGCGCAUGUGUGGACGAUUUGCAUUAUGCCGAUGACGAGACCCUGGAGUUGAUUAUGAACAUCGUGAAAGCUAAAAUUCCAUGUGUGUUGAUACUCACGAGCCGAAAGUCUGAGUUGGAGUCGAAUAUAAUCAGGCCUCUUUUCGAAUCUGAUAAUCCCAGCGUGACGCGCGUGGUACUCAAGCCUCUUGGAGAGGAAGAGAUUAUGCAAAUCGUGGCCGCUACAAUGCAUCAGGAACCCAACCCGAUGUUAACCCCGCUCGCCGCUGUCAUACAAGAGAAGAGUAUGGGCAACCCGUUCUUUGUCCGGAUGAUGCUCGAAACCUGCUAUAGCAAAAACUGUAUUUGGUAUUCGUGGAAAAAUUCUGUGUGGGAAUUCGACCUGGAUCGGAUCUUCACCGAAUUUGUGGCUCCUAGGUAUGGCGAGGGGCUUGGACUAGGGUUCAUCGCAAGGCGUCUCCAGGAGAUCCCGGCAGCUGCCAGGUCCAUAAUGGUCUGGGGCGCAUUGCUAGGAAGCCCGUUUGCGUUCUCUCUGGUACAAAAACUUCUCACAAGCGAGUUCUUGUAUUCCAGCGAGGACGAUGAGGCUGUAGACCUCACCUGUCCUCAGAAUGCAAAUCUAAUCCGACAAUCUGAAGCCGAUAUAGUUGUCGGUCUGCAGUAUCUGGUGCAAGCAAACCUGAUCAUUCCGGGAAAGACGGAUGAUGAAUUCAGAUUUGUCAAUGAUCGAUUCUCGCAAGCGGCCUUGUCGUUGACGGAGGGACGGAACGUGGAAAAAAUGCACUUCAUCAUAUCCCAAGCAAUGAUGAAGUACUACCAUGACGGGCGCAGUCGAUACGCAAUGGCGCGACAUGUGGCUCUGGCGUCCCGGAUAAUCAAGUCUCGUGUCGUGGAAAGACUUGAGUAUAGAAAGAUCUUGUGGGAUGCGGCGCAAACCGCUGCGCAAUCGGGUGCGCGACCAACAGCGCUUUGGUACUUCCGGCACUGCAUCACUUUCCUUCAAGACAAUCCUUGGGAUGACAAUAACGCUGAUGUGUACUACCGGGAGACUCUGCGUCUGCAUAUUGCUACCGCUGAAAUGUCAUGGUCCCAAGGGCAUAACACGGAAGCUCUGGACUUGCUUGAUAAAGUCUUCGAACAUGGAAAGAGUGCCGUGUGCAAAUCACGAGCUUGGAUCGUUAAAGCCAAGAUCUACGCUCAGAUGGGUAACCACCUCCGGUCGAUGGAUUCACUCCUUACGUGCCUGGAAGAGCUUGGUGUACAUCUACGAGAGCCUACGACCUAUGACGAAUGCGACGAUGCCUACCGUAACCUUCGCGCAUACCUCGAGCAAGCGGACUUGGAAGCUAUUGUCCGUAAGCCCGUCAGCAAGGAUGUCGACAUGAUCACUAUUGGAGAGGUCAUGGCUGAGGCGAUGGCUGUCACGUACUGGGACGAUGCACUGACAUUCUACCGGAUGGCCAUUGAAAUGAUGAACCUACAUCUUUUCAAAGGCGGUUUUGUGCAAAUUUCCAUCGGCUGUUCGCACCUGGCGAUGAUAUCGUUCAGCCGAUUCAGGGACUUGGAGCUCGCCGUGAGGCUGAGCGAUUUCGCGCUCACUCUCCUUGAGCGGUGUCCCGAACAGUGGACCCAAAGUCGGGGCUCUAUUGUGCAUAACCUUUAUGUCGGCCACCUGCGUGUUCCAUUGUCCUCGACGCUCCCGAAUCUUGAGGCCUCUGUUGAGACAUCCUUCUCGAUGGGUGAUCCGUACAUCACCUUAAUCAGUCUGUCGUCGAUGGCGAUGACAAGACUGUAUCUGGGCCAUGAUAUGGCUCAAGUGGAGGCAUUCUGCAAUGAAAGCCCGGAAGAUAUUCCCGACUGGGUCAAUGAUACUCGGGGAGGCGCUAGUCUGCUUGCAGUUAGCUUUGCCUAUAGACAAGUUGCACGUGCUCUGCAAGGUAAAACGGCAUGUCGCUCUCCUGAUACUAUCAUGUCCGAUGAGCACCAUCACACGAAUGAGUACAUCGCUUUCCUGGACAACAAUGCCAGUAACGCCGACCGGCCGCGGGACAUUUACUGGGGCCUUGCAAUGAUUCCGCUUUUUGCAUAUGGACAUCAUACCAAGGCUAUACAGCUGGGCAUGCAGAUGAUGGAGACUAUGCCCAGACUGUGGUCUGCUCGUGUUUCAUACGUAGUCUAUUUCUAUCUCGCCCUUUCUCUUCUGACUCUUCACAACGAGUACCCUGCUCGCGGGUAUCUUGACGGAAGCCUGCAUACGGUCUUGAAGUAUAAAGCCGAAGUGGAUUUUGCGCGCAGUGCUUGCGAUGCCAAUUAUGGAAUGUGGUCCUUAAUAUUGGAGGCACUGAUAUGCGAAGUCCGGAAUGACCAUACUUCCGCGAUUCAAUCCUUCGAAGCUGCAAUCGAUCAUUGUCAAAUCCACGGGUGGCCCUUGGAAGAAGCGCUUGCUCUAGAACUGCAUGGUAUGUACACCGACGUCCCAAAUCGCAGUACUUUUUGGGGGAGGGGUUACCCCCACGUCUUGGCCCAAAUUAACUUUCGAGUAGGAGAGUUCUUGAUCCGUCGCGGUGCCAAAAGGGCGGCGCGUUCUGUCAUGCAAGACGCAAUUGCCGCAUGGGCCGCGAUAAGCGCUGUGGGCAAGGCGGCGCAGCUGACCGAGAAGCAUGAAUGGCUAUUGAAAACCGCCACAUCUUCGAGGAAUGUUGACACUGGCUGUCAAACUGUGGACUCGCUGCUUGGAAUCAACCGCAAUACCGGCCAAGAACAUAUGGGAGUAGCACAGAAUAUGGAAGAAGAUGACAGAAAACAACGCUGGAUAGAACAGAAUGGUGUUACUACCGGUGAGCGUUCUUUCGACAUAUCUGGCGUCGGUCUUGAUAUCAUUGAUUUGUCAAGCAUCCUCGAAUCUAGCCAAGUGAUGUCUUCGGAGCUUCAGAUCGACAAACUUCUGACGAAGAUGAUUGAGAUUGUUUUGGAGUCCUGCAAUGGCUCAGACUCUGCGGUCAUUGCGACCAAUUUCGAUAACAACUUCACGGUCGCUGCGGCUGGGGACUUGGAGAAAGGACAGAAGUCUUUCGUAGACGGCCUUCCGUUCUCCGAAAUCGAGGAUAAGAUGGCGCAUCAGAUCUCUCACUAUGUCAUGCGCACUAGGGAGGAAGUUCUUGUUCACAACGUCCUGGAGGAUGAGCGUUUCUCGAACGUCAAUGAGGGAUACCAAGCCAGGUAUCCCCUUGGGCGGUCCGUGAUCGCAUUGCCUAUCAUGCAGGCCGAGCAUCUGCUCGGUGUCAUCCAUAUUGAAGGCAAACCGAAUUCAUUCACCCAGCGCAAUGUUGUGGUCCUCCACUUGCUCUGCAACCAGAUUGGUAUCUCGCUUUCCAAUGCGUUGCUCUUCCGGGAAGUGCGCAAGGUUAGCGCUACCAAUGCUUCCAUGGUGGAGGCUCAGAAGCGCGCACUUGCCCAGGCUCGCGAGGCGGAGCAGAAGGCUAAAGUGGCCGAGGCUGAAGCAAAGCACAACGUGAAGCUGAAAGAAGAUGCAGCGAAGGCCAAGUCCAUAUUCUUGGCUAACAUAUCUCACGAUCUACGCACACCGAUGAACGGCGUUAUCGGUUUGUCGGAACUACUUAAGGGUACCAAGUUGGACAGAGAGCAGGACGAAUACGUGGAAUCAAUCCGUGUCUGCGCUGACACGUUGCUCACACUCAUCAAUGAUAUCCUUGACUUCUCCAAAUUGGAAGCUGGCAAGAUGAAGAUCUCUACUGUACCCCUCAAUAUCCGAGAAACAAUCUCAGAGGUGGUUCGCGCACUUCGCUAUACGCAUCGCGAUCGCGGUUUAGAGACAAUCGAGGACCUGGACAAAGUCCCACCAGAACUUGUGGUCCUCGGUGACCCUGUUCGCUUGCAUCAGAUCUUCAUGAACCUUCUCAGCAACAGUUACAAGUUCACCCCCAAGGGAUCUGUGACUGUGAGAGCCAAAGUUUCCCGGGAAGGCAAGGGGCGUGUCCGUUUAGAGUGCUCCGUAUCCGAUACAGGAAUUGGAAUUUCAGAAGAACAGAAAUCACGGCUGUUCCGGCCAUUUUCGCAGGCUGAUAACUCCACGGCGCGGUCAUAUGGCGGCAGUGGGCUUGGAUUGAGUAUCUGCAAGGCAAUCAUUGAGGACGUCCUAGGCGGCGCUAUCUGGCUCGAUUCGACCUCAGGCGUUGGAACCACCGUGACGUUCCAUCUGGCAUUCAACAAGGUGAAAGACGCUGCCGCCAAAGCUGCUAAAAACAAGGCCGCCAACCAGGUGGAGAACAAGGCUCCGGUUCCUACCGCUCGAGACUUGACCAUGGUGCCUCGGGAUCAAAUCCGGGUCUGUAUCGCUGAAGACAAUCCGAUUAAUCAGAAGAUUGCCGUCAAAUUUGUCAAGGGGCUUAAUCUUCAGUGUGAAGCUUACGGCGAUGGGCGGCAGGCGGUUGAAGCCCUCCGAACCCGGUCCCGCGAGGGUAACCCGUUCCAUGUGGUCCUGAUGGAUGUGCAAAUGCCGACUCUCGACGGUUACAACGCGACUCGCGAAAUCCGGAAAGACCCAGACCCCAAUGUCAACGAAGUGUUGGUCAUAGCCAUGACGGCGAGUGCCAUCGAGGGAGAUCGCGAGAAAUGCCUUGGUGCCGGAAUGAAUAACUACCUGCCCAAGCCGGUCCGAUCUACGAUAUUGAGUGAGAUGCUUGACCAAUAUCUUGCGCCGGUGCCAGCAUAUACAAGGACGCGACUAGUGAACCGGGAACGAGGAAGUGUGAGCACUGAGGCAGGGACACCACGGAGCCACUCCAUAUCGCCUAAUAUUGACGGCCAAGCCACCGCUGUGACGCCGGAGGAAGAGAAGCAAUUGCAAGAGCGGCAGCCCACAGUAAAUUAG